CACUUUCCUCUGGCAGAUUUAUCGUCUCUCUUCCAUCACAACUCGUUCGCUCGUUUCUUUCUCCUUUUCGCUCUUCUCAGUUUCCAGAGAUCAUCUUUCCUUUGGUCUAGAUCUUGAUCUUCUUGCUAUGGAGUACAAGAAGUUCAUACUGGUGGUGCUGAUCUUGGGCGCUGUCGCAGGGAAUGUGUUUGUGAGUGCCGCCGACCCCGACCCGCUGCAAGAUUUCGACAGCCCGGGAGCUCUCAGCGACUUCGUGCUGCGAGAUGUGUUCAAGAAUGGCGACGUGAGCAAUGGACCUGGUGGCCUUCGCGCCGCGAUCAACAUCACACUCUUCCCAGGAAUCGAGUCCCAGGGGAUAACUUAUGUACACUUUAACAUGGUUCCCUGUGGAGUCAAUCUGCCACACACGCACCCUCGAGCGUCAGAGCUCCUCACAUUGGUCUCUGGCGGGCCUCUUCAAGUUGGAUUCGUGGAUACAGCCGGAGUACCACGCAUCAACCUUUUGCACCCGGGCGAUCUCACGGUUUUCCCGCGAGGAACGAUGCACUUUGAGAUCAACGUUGGGACCAAGCGUGCGUUUUACAUCUCGGCCCUCAAUAGCCAAAACCCAGGAACUCUGACAAGUGGUGGUGCUCUCUUGAUGAUCCCGGACAGGUCCUCUGCAACCGCGCUCAACGUAGGGCUGGACAUGAUCCGGAAGCUCAAGGAGAAUAUGCUGCCAUACACCCCGCAGCUCGAGUUGGCCCCGCCAGCUGUGUGCGUUCCCGGGCGAGACAUCACCACCAAGAUUUAAAGAAGUUUUUUGUCCUUGCUUUUUACAUUGUCAUUAAAAUAAGCUCCAUCUUUUUCUUGAA